AUGACUGACUACAACCCCUUAUCAGAAAGACCAUCAAAGCGUCCCUAUCUGGGACCAAGUAGUAGCAUGGACGAAGACAUAAGCGACUCAUUCUUCCAAUACACUACGGACCCGUUCUCUGUUCCCAUGCAUUACUCUACAGCUGCAAAUAAUGACAACGAUAAGGAUGCCGUCGCCGUAGAGCCAAACGGUGCUGGUACUACCGUGAUUACCACCUCUCAAAAGGCUCUUGAUGAUGCCACAUCUAAUUCACAAAAGGGCACCGAAGCAACUGCAACAGUCCCUGACGACAACAGCAAGGCUGAGCCAGCGAACAAGGAGAUUGCCGAUCCAAUGCCAACAAAUAACAGGAAACGCACCCGUGCUACUCCUGAACAACUCGCUAUUCUGGAAGAGACCUUCAAGACAAAUACCUCCCCAAAUAGCAAAGUCCGCGAAGCCCUAGCAGAAAAAGUCAACAUGUCCGAACGCUCGAUUCAGAUCUGGUUCCAGAAUCGUAGAGCAAAGAUGAAGGCUAUGCAGAAGCGUGUUCAUAUGAUGCGCGAGGAAAACAUGAAAGUUCAAUUUCUGUGCAUGCCACAGUUUGGUAACUUGUAUCCAUUCCGCGUAGCUCCGAUGCAUCCCCGCAUAGCUCUUCCUCCUCGUUCUUAUAGCAACAGCGAUAUUAAUAUCUCCAAUGUUGGGAUCAAUCCCACGUUGCGUCCACAGCCUCCAACCGGGUUGGGAAUCACUAUCCCACAAAUGUCUCAAAAUUUCUGGCCGUCAGGACCCAUGACUGCGCCGUUGACUAACAUGUCUUCAGACCCUAAUGUAAUGAGUGGGUUCCCCUUCUCGGCUGGUAACGUUCAGGCGAGGUUCCCUAUCACGCCUACUGCUAGUCCAAACGUCAAUGAUGUUAAUGCUUCGCAGCCUUUGCGGCUUGUCGUUAACCCCAGUAAUCCCGCCGGUGGGAUACCAAUGAAAAUGAAUGAUACCCCAAUUUCUGUUCAACCUCAACAGUUCACAACUACACAAGAGUUUACGUCACCCUCGCUUACACAAAUUUCCUGUGAAAUCCUAAUGAUCGGUUCAUGGCGUCGUAUUCUUAGCAUGCCACAAGACUUGCUUUGUUACUACGCUCUCCCGCAACGAGUUUUCACGUAUCAAAUCACCAACGAAGGAUCCCGUUUCAAGAUGGAUUUCCCGCUCUCGGAAAUCACCGCAAUCGAAUACAGACCUCUAGAUCAUAAUACCUGUCAAGUAGCAAUCGAAGUCAAGGACCCACCUAGCUUCUACAUGGAACGUAAUGGAUCUUGGUCCAUGUGCAAAGACUUUACCGAAGGUAGUCAAGCUACUCGCCAUCUCAGACAUGUACUAAAGGGACGAUCUGAGAUUAUGAAGAAGCAAAUUCUGAAAUUGGUCCAAGAUGAUCCUCAAGUUGCCAAAGUCGUAACAAUCGUCGAAGAUGGAAAUAUCAACUAUGCUAAUGACUCUCUCUCUGAUGAAGAAGUAACUAUUAUUAACAUGCCAAACAAACAGAUGCUCAACCGUUCACGUCGCUGCGCUUCUGUUCCCGUUUCACCUGAACAGCUUCCUGCCGAUAGUUCUGUUCUUGCUACUGCUACACCUGCUAUGGCACAGAAUCACUUAGGUCUUCAGAUUAAUACGACAGAAUUUGCAUACAAACAAAGAAUGCGGGCAAAUGGACAAGAUCUCGCCGUGGGCCCGAACAGUAAUACUUCUCCAGUGACAUGCUCGCCAUUGGACGGUAACUCUCCUCCCACACCUUUGGAUAUGUUCGAUACUACUUCGGAAAUGAUUGAUACUUCUCCGCUUCUCACUGAAGAUCCUUUUAGCAUGGCCCAGUUUGACAACAGCAUGCUAAGCGAUGAUUUUUCUGCUUAUAUGAAUAACGGUGGCCUACCAGACGAUUUUGCUAGCCUGCUUGCCGCUGUUCAAAAUGAAUCUUCGGAACUCUUGGAUUUUGGCGAUGGUCUCGGUGGCGGUAAUGAUUGCAUGUCCGCUCUUGAUUCUUGGGUGAAUGGUAACGUUUACUGCUAA